AUGUCGUUGAGGUAUGUUAUCGGCUCUAUUUUCAUGCCCAAUUUUCAACUUCAAAACCCUAAUAAAUUCAUUCCCAAAUUUCAACUUCAAAACCCUAAUAAAUUCACUCCAUGUUUUCCUUCAAGGCGGCUAUACUCUCAAUUACAUGACAAUCUUGUUUCUGCGUUCAAUCACUUGCUGCUCCGUCACAAUCCUACUCCUUCUAUCAUUGAAUUUGACAAGAUCUUAGAUUCACUUGUUAAGGCCAAACAUUACUCCACCGCUGUUUCUCUUCAUCGACAAUUGGAAUUGAAGACUGGAAUUCAAUCAAGUUUAGUCACUUUGAGCAUUUUGAUCAAUUGCUUUUCUCAAUUGGGUCAUAUCUCUCUUUCCUUUUCUGUUUUUGCAAACAUUCUCAAAAAGGGUUACCACCCAAAUGCCAUAACUCUCACUACACUCAUCAAGGGUCUCUGUCUCAAAGGUGAAGUUCAUCAAGCAUUGCAAUUUCAUGAUAAGGUGGUAGCACAGGGGUUUCACUUUAAUCAAGUUAGUUAUGGGACAUUGAUCAAUGGUCUAUGCAAAGUUGGAAAAACAAGACAAGCCUUGCAAUUGCUCAGACAAGUUGAUGGGAAGUUGGUUCAGCCUAAUGUGGUAAUGUACACUACAAUCAUUGAUGGUAUGUGUAAAGAUAAACUUGUUAAUGAUGCUUUUGAUUUAUAUUCUGAAAUGCUUGAUAAGAGAAUCUCUCCGAAUGUUUUUACUUAUAAUGCAUUAAUCUAUGGCUUUUGCAUUGUGGGUAAAUUGAAAAACGCUAUUGGUUUGUUACGCAAAAUGAUAUUAAAAAACAUCAACCCAAGUGUGUAUAGCUUUAAUAUUUUGGUUGAUGCUUUUUGUAAGGAAGGAAAGGUGAAAAAAGCUAACACAAUGGUUGCUUCCAUGAUGAAAAACGGCACAAAACCUGAUGUUGUUACUUAUAACUCUUUAAUGUAUGGAUAUUGUAUGGUAAAUGAUGUAUGCAAGGCCAAAUAUAUAUUCAACAGUAUGGCCCAAAUGGGAGUGACUUCUAUUGUUUACAGCUACAACAUCAUGAUUAAUGGAUUUUGUAAGAUUAAAAUGGUCGAUGAAGGCAUGAAUCUUUUUCAAGAAAUGCAUCGCAAAAAUAUUAUUCCUGAUACAAUAACCUACAGUUCUCUCAUUGAUGGUUUGUGUAAAUUUGGGAGAAUAUCAUAUGCUUUAGAGCUUGUCGAUGAGAUGCAUCAUAGAUGUCAACCACCUAAUAUAAUUACGUACAAUUCUAUAUUGGAUGCUUUAUGCAAAAAUAAUCGUCUAGACAAGGCGAUUGCAUUAUUAACCAAAAUUAAGGAGAAGGGUAUUCAACUAGAUAUGUUCUCGUAUAAUAUUCUUAUCAAUGGACUAUGCAAAGGUGGAAGACUAGAGGAUGCACAAAAAGUCUUUGAAGAUCUUUUGGUCAAAGGAUACACUCUUAACGUCUAUAGUUAUAACACUAUUAUCAAUGGGUUUUGCAACAAGGGCUUGUUUGAUGAAGCAUUGACCAUGAUGUCAAAAAUGAAAGACAACGGUUGCAUUCCGGACGCUAUAACAUAUGAAAUACUUAUUCUUUCUCUCUUCAAAGAAAAUGAAAAUGACAAAGCAGAAAAGCUUCUUAGAGAAAUGAUUGCGAGAGGUCUACUAUAA